GCCCCGCCCACUACGGAGGGCGAAGAGGGCCUCCCCGCGAGGGCCGUUCCCCGGCUUCUUCUGCCAGACCUACCAAUCGUCGGCCCGGCACAGCUGGCAUUCUCCUCUAACGAAGAGCUUUUCCUUCACCAACUGGGGAUGAUUACUGAUUGUAGUUCUUCCUAAAGAGCUUAUUUUGAAGGAAUGUGUACCCGUUCAGCUUUGCUGACGUAAAGCCAAAAUGGAGCUCGUUUUGGAGCUUAAUUGCUGUGUAAAUCCAGGAAAUUUGAAACUCUCUAAAAUGAUGGCCACUCUUCUUCUAAAGAGGCUAACGUUGCAUACCGUAAAGACUGGAAAUAAUUGCAUUAGAUGUCCUGGUACAUACACCCUGCACAAGACCGCACCAGCAUGGCCGUCCCUCCGAGCUUCUGGCCCGAGACUGUCCUGCCCGAUUCACGCAAAAGCUUUCGGUACCGUUGCAGACACCCAGGACGAAAGGAAGAAGAAAAAGAAGAAUGAACCAGCUCUUAGCAGCAUCGGAAGAAAAAUUCACGAGCGGGUUAUUCACGUGCUGGAUGAGGCGGGCAACGACUUGGGCAACAUGCACCGAGCAGACGUGAUCAGGCUCAUGAACGAGCGGGACCUGAGGCUCGUGACAAGGGACAGCGGCGCGGAGCCCCCGCGGUACCAGCUCCUGACGGGGGCACAGAUCCACGAGGAGCGCCUGCGACUCCGGGAGCUGGGAAAGGCCCACCCGAAACCCGGCCCUACCCUGACAAAGGAGCUAACUUUUUCUUCAAAUAUCGGACAACAUGAUUUGGACACAAAGAGUAAACAGAUUCAGCAAUGGAUUGAGAAAAAAUACAGAGUUCAAAUUACUAUAAAGAAAGGGAAGAACGUAGAGGAGCCAGAAAAUAAAAUGGAGGAGAUAUGUAAUCAAAUACUCCAAACUAUGCCCGGAAUAGCUACCUUCUCAACCCGCCCACAACCUGUUAGGGGAGGGAAAGCUGUAAUGUGUGUUCUUCGUCAUUUAAGCAAAAAGGAAGAGAAUGCAUAUAGAGAAACUCAAGGAGCCCAGAAAGAGGACCCUUUGAACAAAGGAAAUGGAAACCACAGAGAAUCAGAUGUUGUGCAUCCGUGAUUUUAAUAAAGAAAAAUGUGCUUCUGGGAGGAAAGAACUGA